CGUUAUUCUUGGUCUGGACUUUCUCGCGACUCAUUCUGCCCUAAUUGACUGUGCAACUGGCCUCCUGCAGCUCGAACUACCUCACCUAGCCGAUGCCCCAACCACCCCUUCGGCACGUCUCUGCUCUCUCGACUAUGUGCGCAUGCCCCCGCAAGCCGCCAUAUAUAUCGCCAUGGUCUCGAGCCCUCCUGUCGCUGAUGGCGAUUACGUGCUAUCCCCGGUAACGGACGUUCUGCUCGCCAAGAACGUCGCCAUGCCUAACACCCUCGUGACCGUCACCGGCAACCGCAUCGCCAUUCCUAUUUUAAACUUCAGCGCCUCUCCUCAACUGAUUCCGGCAGGCAUGUCACUCGCCGCCAUCACUGCUGCCGAAGACUGCGAGAUUUGUGCGUUGGAUCCCACCCGUUCCUCCAGUUCGUCCUUCCUUUGCACCACAACCAGUUCGCCGCGCGAUGUCUUUGUCAGAAUGAUCCCUGAUGACCUUCCUUCUGAUCAAGCUACUGACCUUCGCCGCCUUCUGGAGUCUUACCACGACAUUUUCGACUUCGACGAUCGUUCUCUGAGCCAAACGUCUGUUGUCCAACAUCGCAUCGACACGGGGAACGCGAGCCCUAUCCGUCGCCGUCCCUAUCGUGUCUCCCUCGCCGAACGUCGUGUGAUCCAAGGCGAAGUUGACAAAAUGCUCACAAAAGGCGUUAUCGAACCUUCUUCCAGUCCGUGGGCGUCCCCUGUGGUGCUAGUAAAAAAGAAAGACGGCAGCUGGCGCUUUUGUGUUGACUACCGACACUUGAACAACAUCACACGCAAGGACGUCUACCCUCUGCCCCGAAUCGAUGACGCCUUGGACUGCCUCCACGGCGCCACGUACUUUUCCUCCAUCGACCUACGCUCCGGAUACUGGCAGAUUACCGUUGAUGCCAUGGACCGUGAAAAGACUGCGUUCGUCACACCGGAUGGACUUUACCAAUUCAAGGUUAUGCCUUUUGGAUUGUGUAAUGCCCCCGCGACCUUCGAGCGAAUGAUGGAUUCUCUCCUUCGGGGCUAUAAGUGGUCUACGUGUUUAUGUUAUCUAGAUGACGUGAUUGUAUUUUCGCCUACUUUUGAGGACCACCUAGCCCGCCUGUCGGCCAUUCUUGAUGUGUUUCGCCGCGCUGGCCUACAACUCAACUCCUCCAAGUGUCGUUUCGCUCGGCGUCACAUCACCGUUCUCGGACACCUUGUUAGUGCUAGCGGUGUCCAACCUGACCCCGACAAGGUGCGUGCCGUCCGAGACUUUCCUGUUCCUCGCUCAGUUAGCGAUGUACGGAGCUUUGUCGGCUUGUGUUCCUACUUCCGCCGCUUCGUCAGGAAUUUUGCCGACAUUGCCCGGCCGCUUACUGACCUACUCAAGAAGGACAUCUCUUUUUCCUGGGGUCGUGCACAAAUCCAGAUUUACGAUGACAUCCUGGAGGAUUUUAUUGAUAUGGAGCCGGAAGCCAUUGUCCCCCACAAGGGCAAAGUGAAGCUGGCAAAAAAAUUAGUGCCUCAACCAGACGACCAUGCCAGACCUGCUGUGCAGGAUGCAGACGCUGCCGCCAGCACCAGAACCGAGUCAUGGGUGCUGGGACUGCGGGCAAAAUUUAAAAACAUGCGAAAGAAGGUCGAGCAUCCUUCUGAGGAGAUGCAGACAGUGAAGCGGAAGGCGCACCACACAGGGACAAAGGUGCCCCCAUCAAAUACACCUAACAAGAAGUUGUGCCGCCUGUUCGAUUGCAGCCACUUGGUUGUGCACGGUGAAACCGUGGAUUCUAUCUCGCUGCAUAACGAGUGGCUGCACAAGAAUCCUCACUGCAGGGAUGAGGAGAUGCUGCGACCCAGGCUGCUAGCCACAGCUCAAGAUCGGCAUGAGCGCCUGAAGAGCAUGACGCUUGCAGAAGCAUUACUUCUGUACCCAUUUUUGGCAACGGAAGUCUCGCUGCUGGUGGAGUUCGAAACUCUCUUCAAGAGGGCAGCAGCCGACUGCAUUCAAGAUGGCUGCAGUAAAAUGGGAACCGUCAUCCUUGAUCGGGGAAGUUCCGAUGAGGUGGCAACGUUCUCGGAAGUGGCAACUGAGGAACCUGUGCUGGCUGCGCUGGAGUUUGUAGCAGCGCGCUGCAAGGAGCAGCUCGACACCAUCUUCACAACGGAAGCACCACAGCUGACCCCAUCAUUGGUUAGGUCUUAUGGAGGCCUGGACCUCUUUGUGGAUGGCCAGCGGCUCUUCACGUUCAAGACCCGCACAAGAUUUCGGCACACCCGCCGCUCUCGAAAGGGUGUCUAA